AAAAACCCAGUAGCCUCCUCUUCUCCACUCUCUAGACUGCAGCCGCUGCUGCAACACAAAAAAAAAAAAUGAAGAAGCACGCCAUUUUGCAGAAGCCUUUCACACAUCUCGAAAUGCACCACUAGAACCCUUGUUUGAAUGGAGGACUCAUGUCCAGCGUCAUGAGAAAAUCAUCGUCCAUUAUUCCAUCAUCAUCAUCAGGUGAGUCCUCAUCUCCAAUCUUUCACCUUCUCAAAAAACCCAUCUCUUCCUCUUCCUCUCCUUCUUCUUCAAUCGCUUCUCUUCCAGUAGAACCUGAACCACCUGAUGAUCUCUCCUCGCAUCACCUUCUCUCCAUCCUCUCCCAUCCUAAAUGGCAAAAACACCCUUCUUUCCAGAAGCUAAUCCCAAAUCUGUCCCCUUCCCAUGUUUCCUCCCUCUUUAACAACCACCCUGAUCUCAACCCCAAUAUUGCCCUCCAAUUCUUCAACUCCUUACCCCUUAUAAAACCCGGCUUUAAACACACUGUCAAAUCCCAUUCUUUUCUUUUAAAAAUUUUGAUUCCCAAUAAUUUAUUUGGUGUUGGUGAGAAAAUCCGCAUUUCCAUGAUUAAAGCUUGCGUUUCUGUCGAUGAUAUUCGUUUUCUGUUAGAUUUUUUGAGGCAAAUGAAUAGAGAUGACAACGAUAAUAAGUUUAAGUUGAGUGUCAGAAGCUAUAAUGAGUUGUUAAUGAUGUUGGCGAGGUUUUUGAUGAUUGAUGAAAUGAAAAGGGUUUAUACUGAAAUGUUGAAUGAUAUGAUCUUGCCCAAUAUUUAUACAUUGAAUACGAUGGUUAAUGCGUAUUCCAAGAUGGGUAAUAUAGUAGAGGCUAAUUUGUAUGUGAGUAAGAUUUUCCAGGCGGGUCUGAGCCCAGAUAGUUUUACUUACACUUCGUUGAUACUGGGGUAUUGUAGGAAUAAUGAUGUAAACAGUGCAUAUAAGGUUUUUAAUAUGAUGCCCAAUAAGGGCUGCCGAAGAAAUGAGGUUUCAUAUACCACUAUUAUUCAUGGCCUUUGCGAGGCUGGAAGGAUUGAUGAGGGUAUUAGUUUGUUUAAGAAGAUGAGGGAGGAUGAUUGCUAUCCCACUGUACGUACGUAUACAGUGAUUAUUCAUGCAUUAUUUGGAAAUGACAGGAAUUUGGAAGGGAUGGAUUUGUUUAAUGAAAUGAGGGAGAGAAGUUGUGAGCCUAAUGUUCAUACUUAUACUGUGAUGGUGGAUGCUAUGUGUAAAGAAAGAAAGCUUGAUGAGAGCAGAAGAAUGCUAAAUGAGAUGAUGGAGAAAGGGUUGGUUCCUAGUGUGGUUACCUACAAUGCAUUGAUUAGAGGGUACUGCGAGGAGGGGAGGAUAGAGGCUGCACUGGAAAUCUUGGGUUUGAUGGAAUCAAAUAAUUGUAGGCCAAAUGAACGUACAUACAAUGAGCUGAUAUGUGGGUUUAGUAAAAGGAAACAUGUCCACAAGGCAAUGACGUUACUCAGUAAGAUGCUUGAGAGCAAGCUAACACCGAGCCUGGUUACAUAUAAUUCAUUAAUUCAUGUGCAGUGUAAAGCAGGUCAUUUUGAUAGUGCUUAUAAAUUGCUAGAUUUGUUAAAGGAAAACGGUUUGGUUCCUGACCAGUGGACUUAUAGUGUUUUUAUAGACACCCUUUGUAAAUCAAAAAGGAUGGAAGAAGCUUGUGAUUUAUUCAAUUCACUCAAGGAGAAAGGCAUAAAGGCAAAUGAGGUCAUGUACACUGCAUUGAUUGAUGGACAUUGCAAAGCUGGGAAAAUAGAUGAAGCCAUUUCUUUGCUAGAGAGAAUGCGCAGUGAGGACUGCUUGCCAAACUCAUCCACCUAUAAUUCCCUGAUAUACGGGGUUUGCAAAGAGGGGAAAGUCCAAGAAGGACUGUCAAUGGUUGAAAAUAUGUCAAAGAUGGGAGUGAAACCCACAGUUGCUACUUAUACCAUUCUGAUCGAAGAAAUGUUGAAAGAAGGUGAUUUUGAUCAUGCUAAUAGGGUUUUCAACCAAAUGGUUUCCUUUGGACAUAAGCCUGAUGUAUAUACUUACACUGCAUUUAUUCAUACAUACUGUACCUCAGGGAACUUAAAAGAGGCAGAGGGCAUGAUGGCCAGGAUGAUUGAAGCAGGAGUUAUGCCUGACUCAUUGACUUAUACAUUGUUAAUCAGCGCAUAUGAACGUUUGGGAUUGACAUAUGAUGCAUUCAAUGUUCUCAAGCGCAUGUUGGAUGCUGGUUGCGAUCCUUCCCACCGUACGUAUUCUUUUUUAAUCAGGCAUCUGUCGAAGAUAAAACUGAUAAAUGAAAACAGCCAUUUGGAACAACUUGAUCUGGUCCAAAGUGUCACCUUUUUUAAUGCUGCUGAUGUGUGGAAGAUAAUGCAAUUUGAAACGGCUCUAGAGCUUUUUGAGAAAAUGAUGGAGCAUGGUUGCACUCCUGGUGUCAAUACUUAUGCCAAGCUCAUCAUAGGAGUUUGCAAAGUGGGGCGCUGGGGAGUGGCCAACAGUUUAUUCAACCAUAUGAUUGAAAGAGGAUUGGUUCCUAAUGAAGAUAUUUAUAAUGCUCUUCUCAGUUGUUGUUGUGAACUGAGAAUGCUUUCAUCUGCUGCGAGACUAGUGGAGGCCAUGGUGGAACAUGGUCAUUUACCACUUUUAGAGUCUUGCAAGCUGCUUCUAUGUGGCCUUUAUGAUGAAGGGGAAAAUGAGAAGGCGAAAGCAGUUUUUGUUAAUUUGCUUCUCUGUGGGUAUAAUUAUGACGAAGUAGCUUGGAAGAUUCUCAUUGAUGGCCUGCUCAAGAGUGGUAUUGCUGAUAGAUGUUCUGAACUACUGUCUGUCAUGGAAAAAAGGGGUUGCCAAAUUGAUCCCCUAACAUAUACGAAGCUAAUUGAGGGACUUGAUGGGAGUCAUGGGACAUAAAUUUCUGAAAUUGCUUCUUGUCUAAUAGGUCUUCUCUGGGAAGAAGUCCUUUUCCAUUGUGAACAUAGAGAAUAAUGCAAAUAGAUGCACACCAGAUUCGUUUGCCAUGCAAUCUCCAAAUAGUGGACUGUGAGUUUAAGGCUUGAAUCGACGAAUCUGCAGCAGCCUGUCAAUAAAGGAAAUGUUGUUUCAUGAGAAACACUAACUAUUAGAUGCAGCAGCUGCACCAUGUAAAGAGAGCAAAUCUUAGUGACAAUAAC